AUGAUUCUGUCAUUAGUUUUACUGAUCUCUUUGAAUAUCGAUUUAUCAAAACAAAUUCCAACCGAAAUAAGUGUUCAGUCUAAUGAGAAUUCGGAUUGUGUAAUGAAAACGAUAAAGAGAAUACAACAAUUAAUUAUUCAGUCUUCUGGACAAAAUCAAACUAUCACUAGGUCAAUAUUAGAAACAGAUAACUUAGAACAAAAAUUACAUUCCCUUAUAGCUACAGUUAUUGGUAUUAUUGAUGAGCAAAUCAAUGGACCGCAUUCUCCAUGA